GCAAUGAUCUUCCAGGAUACAGUACAGGAGUCUCUCUUGAAGAAUGUAAGAGGUCUUGUAUGAAUGAUAGCCAAUGUCAAGGUUUCAGCUACGUUCUGGAUGGCAGAGGAAGAUGCUACCCAAAAGUCCAACUUCUCAAUGGAUAUCGAUCUGCUGGUGUGGCUAACGACAUGUACAUUAAGGUCUCCAUCAACGACACAUCGGAUCUAAAUUCUACAACUCCUAACGAGGUCCGACUCAACUGCAGCAAAUCUGUGACACUUAGUCCAGAGAGUAGCAAUUACAAAAGAUCCAAGAAGAGGAGCGUUAUCAAGUAUCCGUUUGGGUUCGCCGUCGCGUUUGGAGUGGCAGAAAUUGUUUGCAUCACGCUGGGCUGGUUGUACAUGUUCAGAGAGCCUAACGACAGCUUUGAUUUUGUUCAAGGGUAUUCUGCCAUACCAACGGGAUUCAAGAAGUUUAACUUUGCAGAGCUGAGAAAAGCCACGAAUAACUUCACGAUAAAGCUGGGAGAGGGAGGUUUUGGAAGCGUCUACAAAGGGGUUUUGGCCGAUGAGAAGGUCGUUGCGGUGAAGCAACUGGAUGGAGUAUCUCAGAGCGAGGACCAAUUCUGGGCAGAGGUAAGCAUGAUUGGCAGAGUUCAUCACAUGAAUUUGGUUCGCAUGUUUGGGUUUUGCGCAGAGGGGCAUCACAGAUUGCUUGUUUAUGAAAUUGUUGAGAAUGGAUCGCUGGACAAGUAUCUGUUUUCAGAAAGUGAAUCUUUGGGUUGGAAGGAGAGGUUUGCGAUUGCAGUGGGCACAGCAAAAGGAUUGGCUUAUCUUCAUGAAGAAUGCUUGGAAUGGAUUCUCCAUUGCGAUGUGAAACCCCAGAAUAUACUUUUGGAUGAGAAAUUCAAUCCUAAAGUUUAUGACUUUGGAUUAGCAAAGCUGGUGGACAGAGACCGAGCCUUUUCGUUCUCUAAAAUUCGUGGAACUCGGGGAUACGUGGCUCCUGAAUGGGUGAUGAACCUUCCCAUCACGGCAAAGGCGGAUGUGUAUAGCUUUGGGAUUGUACUCUUGGAGAUUGUAAUCGGCAGAAGCGCAUCCAAUCAGUCGGGGAAUUUGGUACAAUGGGUAUCUGAGAAGAUGGAGGAGGGAAAGCUAUCAGAGGAAGUUGUGGAUGCCAAGUUGAAUGGAAUCAUCGACACAGAAGACGUAGAAACUGUGGUGAGAACAGCAUUGCUUUGUCUUGAACAAAACCCGAGUUUGAGACAUUCCAUGAGCCGGGUCGUCGAAUUGCUUUCUCAGAAGACCAGAAAUGUGAGCGACGUGACAAACACAGCAUGAUAGGGGCACAUCUGGCUACUCGAUUUGAUCGAGUUUCCUCAAGCUGGAGCAGGAAGCAAUCAAAAUGGGUAGAAACACGAGGUAGAAAUGUAGACCAUUCAAUAUGUUGAAUAA